CGCACUGCGCAGUCACCGACGCAAUCAGAGCACUGCUCAACAACAUACCUAUACCUGCAGCUUGACAUCUUGUGUUCUGAAGCUUGAGCUUAACCGUGCUCCACCAUGUCAGACGAGCUUAUGCCCGCGGCUUCGCAGUCAGACUAUCAGCCACCGCCAACCAUCUUCGACCCUACGACGUGCACGCGCAAAGGUCUAUGUCCCGUCACGGAGAUCCGCAACCAGGGCGACCCCUUCGAGAGCCACUCUCUCUACUAUGAAGUCCAUGGGUCGGGCCCGGAGAAGGUCAUCUUCAUCAUGGGGUUGAACUCGAGCUCGGCAGGCUGGGUGACGCAGGUGGACCACUUUGCGCGUAAGCCGGAGUACUCCGUGCUCGUGUUCGACAACAGAGGCGUCGGGAACAGCGGUGCGCCACGGGGCCCGUAUACCACGAGUGGUAUGGCCCAAGAUGCUAUCACGCUUCUUGACUUUGUGGGCUGGAAGGAGCCGCGCCAAAUACACGUCGUCGGUGUAUCCCUGGGCGGAAUGAUCGCCCAAGAGCUUGCAUGGAAGAUCCCGGAGCGCAUUGUCUCCCUCACACUAGUCGUCACCAAGCCCGGUGGACGCCGCUACCUGGAGCUGCCACCGUAUCCCGGUCUGAAGGCGAUUCUCAAAACUAUGGUCAUCACGGAGCCUACGAAGAAGAUUCCGAUCAUCCUCGAGAUGCUGUUCUCCCCGGAAUGGCUAGAUAGCAAGUGCGACUCCGACCCGCAGGGCAGGACGAACCGCGAGGUGGAAACGGAGGCGUACCUGCGGCGAAUCCAGUUCACCCGCCCGCAGACGUUCCUCGGGUCCAUUUCGCAGAUGGCGGCGGCGCUGAGCCACCAUGUCACGCCGGACCGCCUCCGGAAGAUCUCAGCGUCGAUACCGAAAGUGAUUAUCAUUACGGGGGACUCGGAUAAUAUGGUCAAUACGAGCAAUAGCCAGCUGCUGAAGAAGCACAUGCCGGAGGCGGAGUUCAUUCUCAAGGAAGGCGGGGGUCACGGCCUGACCAUGCAGUACAGGACAUGGUUCAAUGAGGUACUUGAGAGGGUCUUCAAGGAGGGGCGGGAGAAGGCGGCACUCGAACAACACUAGAGGGAUGUAGGAGCACUGCUGCUUGGAUUACUAGAGUACACGGACUGUAGAAUAAUGUAUUCCCCUGAUGCUUGGAAUUACGGUGUAUGACGAAGGGCAAAAACCCUCGUACGGAAGAACAUUGAGUCCAAAGCAAGAAGUUCUCAAUGCUCCCUCAGCAUCUCUACGAGUUUUCGCCUCGCAUCCCGGGGAAGGCCUCUGAGCGCAGUCUUGGCCUCUAGCGACUCUAUCCUGAUGUUUGCCGGGUAGGCCUCGCCAGCUUCCUCCUUGCGCUUUUGCAGGAUCUCGAUGAGAGACUGUUUCGGGACAUCCGAGCGCACAGGUACGGGCACGGGGCGCAGGGCGGGGUCGACCUGCGAGCGUGGCAGGACGCGGACUAGGCGGGCGAGUGUAGGGUACAUGGCUCCGACUCGUAGCUGAGGAAGAGAUGCAAGGUCAGAAAGACGGCAACCACAGAGGACAGACAG